AAAGACUCACUGCUCCUGAAGUAGUACUGGAACUCCUCUCGUUUUCACGCCAACAAGCACGUGUUCCUUCUGAGUGCACCUGUAUUGAGCGUAGGGCACAUGUAGUAAAGUGUACGGAGUCUAUUGUACUCCUGUCAAAAUACGUCGGAAACCGAUGUCGCUGAAGAGGUUUGUACUGACAGUGAAGAAGAUGAUGACUUUUAGGAGGAAGCUGACAGCUUGUGACCAUGAUAAAAUAUUUGAACAGGGAGUGGCAGAAACCAAUGGAAUACGACUGCAAGAAAAAGGUUGCCAUGGGAAACUGGCAUGUGUGUAUGGACAAACCAUAUGAGAUCAAGCCACCCUGUUUAGUGUAUUCCUUUGGGAUCAGUGGCGACUGGACAUUCGACGACGCAAUGGGGAACCUCGGAUGUGAGGUCCAUUCAUUUGAUCCAAGUAUAGGAAAACAAGACUUUGACAGAAGCAAGAACGUCCAUUUCCACAACCUCGGUAUCUCAGGCUUUGACAGCGACUCCUUUGUGGCAAGAAAGGAUGUCUACGUCCACAACAGACAAAUAUGGAAAAUGAGACGCGUCCAGUCUGUCAAGAAAAUGCUUGGACAUGCAAAUAAAACCAUCGAUGUUCUCAAGAUUGACGUAGAGACAAGCGAGUGGCCAUCAGUGAAGGAUUUAGUUGAGUCGGGGGUGCUCUCAAGUGUCAGACAAUUGCUGAUAGAAUGGCACCUGUUCUUGGACUACCCCAAAACGGAUAAAUAUGUUGGGUUGUACAAUACCUAUAUGAAUCUGAAGGACAAAGGAUUCUCCAUUUUCAGGGUAGAUUUCCAUCACAACACUGUAAAUAAAAAUAACCUGCUUUUUCAAGCCGACGUCGAUUACGUCAACACGGCAUAUAAAGGGAAAUAACUCAAAUAGGUUGAGACAAUA